UACAUGUCAAAAACAACGAAAUCUCACCAAAUCCUAAUAAAUUCUAGCUAGGAAAAUGAAGCCUUCGAUUUACUUUGUAACCGUUUUCAUACUUAUACUUCUCCUUCUACCAACGGCGAUCCCUCACGACUACUCCGACGCUCUUAGAAAGUCAAUCCUCUUUUUCGAAGGUCAACGCUCUGGACGUCUUCCAAAACAACAAAGGAUGACGUGGCGUAGUAACUCUGCACUCAAUGAUGGCCGAAACCUCAAAACCGACCUCGUUGGUGGUUACUACGACGCCGGAGACAACGUUAAGUUUCAUUUUCCUAUGGCUUUUACGGCCACGAUGCUUGCUUGGAGUUCUAUUGACUUCGGACGCUACAUGUCUCAGAAUGAUUUCAGACAUAAUCUCGUAGCCCUCAAGUGGGCCACUGAUUAUCUCCUUAAGACCGUUUCACAACUCCCUGAUCGCAUUUUCGUCCAAGUAGGUGAAGCACAAGCAGACCAUGAUUGUUGGGAAAGACCGGAAGAUAUGGACACACCACGAACCGCUUUCGCCUUAGAUGCACCAUAUCCAGCCUCCGAUUUAGCGGGAGAAAUUGCAGCAGCUUUGGCAGCCGCUUCAAUUGCAUUCAAACAAGCAAAUCCUAAGUAUUCCACAAUAUUACUCAAUAAAGCCGUACAAACGUUUCAGUACGCAGAUUCACAUCGAGGUUCUUAUACCGAUAAUCCGGGAGUCAAACAAGUCGUUUGCCCGUUUUACUGUAGUGUUAAUGGAUAUAAGGACGAGUUGCUAUGGGGAGCUGCGUGGCUGAGACGAGCAACCGGCGAAGAUUAUUAUCUGACAUACUUAGUGAACAAUGGUCAAGCUUUCGGUGCAAAUUUCAAUUACUUUGAGUUUGGCUGGGACAACAAAGUUGGGGGUGUUAAUGUUCUCGUUGCCAAGGAAGUAUUUGAGAAGAAUGUGACUACGUUAGCAGCAUAUAAAGAUACCGCAGAGAAAAUGAUGUGUGCAUUUUUGCCGGAAACCAAUGGUCCACAUAUGACUUACACUCCCGGCGGUCUCAUUUACAAACACGGAAGCAGUCAGCUACAGAACACGGCCGCACUAUCUUUCCUCCUCCUUACCUAUGCAGAUUACCUCACUACAUCCUCUCAACAACUCAAUUGCGGUAACCUCAAGUUUCAACCGGAUUCUCUUCGCCGCAUAGUCAAACGACAGGUAGACUACGUUUUGGGAGAUAAUCCAAUGAAGUUGUCAUACAUGAUUGGGUAUGGUGAGCAGUACCCGCGACUGAUCCACCACCGUGGCUCGUCUAUACCGUCUUUUACCGUUCAUCCGACUGCAUUUGGGUGCUCAGCAGGAUGGAAUAUUUUCGCAUCACCCAAUCCAAACCCCAACAUUCUUAUUGGUGCGGUGAUUGGCGGGCCUGACGUAGAUGAUAAAUUUAUUGGAGGUCGGACAAAUGCUAGUGAGACUGAGCCCACAACGUACAUCAAUGCACCUUUUGUUGGUGUAUUUGCGUACUUUAAAAGCAACCCCAAGUUCUCUUGAGUAUAAUCUCUUCCCAAAUUUGUAAAACUAAAGAAAAUGGAAAAAUGAUA